AUGGCCGCACCUGGCUCAGCAGCGGACACACAAGCACACGCGCGUGCGCACACCACACUCCCACUCCCCCAGUCCGGACCGACGGACCUGCUUCUCUCGCUCCGGCGAGUCCCCGGGCCAACCCCGGGGAGAAGGGGCUCCCUGGCUCAGCGGGCCCCAGCUGGGCAAGGCUCGGCGAGUCUAGCCUGUUCUCCGUUGCGUCCAAAACCGGGAUUCGAGCUCAGAGCCCCCGACUCCCUUUGGCUUGCCGGGCGAUCGCAGCCUUGCCCACCCGAAGCUCCCGGUCUGUCCUCGGCCGGGUCUACGACCCGCAGCGCUCUCAGCGGGCGGCGGGUGGCCGGGCUGCGCUCGCGUUCGACACUGGCACUCCGCUCCCUCCCCGCGGCGCCGCCUCCUGGCUGUGAGCCCGGCUCCCCGGCCCAGCGCCCGCGCCGGGGCCCCGCGGCUGCCGGGCUCUCACAACCCUCCCCGCCGCCUCCCGCGCCCGCCCUCCUCUCCCUCCUCCCAGCCCGCCCGCCGCCGCCCGCGGUCCGCCCCUACCCGGGCCGGCAGGCGGGCGCGCACAGCAGCGCCGAGCCACGGCCGCCUCGCUGCUCCGGCCCCACGCGCACUCAUUCACCCAGCGCUGCCAAUCAGCUGCGGGAGAGCCGGUGCCUCGUUCUCAGCCUGGCGCUGGCAGCCACAGGCUCAGAGGACGGCCCAGCGCACACACCCACAAGCACGCCAUUCCCGAGAAACACCCUCGGGGUGUGUGUGGAGCAAGCCUCAGGCAUGCAUGCGCGCGCCUCUGACGGCUUGAAGGCUUCCCACGGGUGGGUGCCCACCACAUUGCUGCUUUCCAUUUCCCAGAGCAGGAGAGAACAGACCCCUGCCUCUCCUGACCCCGAUCCCUCAGAUCCUCAGAGAACGAAGACAGGAGCAGAGCCUGUUCCUGCCGCCAAGGGAAGGAGAAUAGACGACAAUGGAGUUACCAGGUCCUCGCCCACAAGAGGCCUGGUCAAGAUGUCCAUGUUGGAGGAAGUCACCUUCCUGUCCCUCAGUAUCCUGUGCUCCUGCUUCUCCACAAGCCUCCUUUCUCCUGAUUCCAAGAGUUGGUGUGGGGAGGAAGGCUCGUAG